AUGGCGGAUGACGAAGGUGACGAGACAAAUAAAGACGAUAAAAAACCAAAACAAUGGCGAGAAACAUGUAUCGGAAUAUGGACAAGAGGAGGCAAGAUAGACCCAAGUAAAACUGAAUGGAUUUGCAAUGGCAUAAGUGUGGUAAAGGUUGAUAAGGAUGCAAAAAUUUCAAGUGUUAAACCAAGUCAAACCAGAGGACUUCAAAUUAUUAUAAAAGAAUCGGAUGAAAAAAGUACCAAACGCUUGUUUGAUGAUAUAGACAGUGAAAGAGACCCACAGAAGCAUGUAUUUCCUCCAGAAGACCCAGAUCUUGGUAAACGGCUUUUCAACAUACUUCGGAAAAAGACUGAAACAGUUGAAGAAAAAGUCAAYCACUAUAUUCACAAUGGUGUUGAUAUCAAAGAUGCCUGGCAAGGAGUGUCGGAUUUUGCGAUAUCCUUCUAUCAAACCACAACAAGAAUAAUCUCGUACUGUAAACCCAAAGAGAAACUGUACCAAGUUUAUAAUUUUGCAUCAGCGAGGAUCAAGUAUAUCGGUGAUCAGUGGAAAAGUGACAGUARCGAUAAAGGGAAUAAAAAAUAAGAUUGACUAGCCUGGAUGGUAAGGUUGGAUAGUAUAUGACUGGGGAAGGACGUCGGUCGUUGUUAUGAUAUACUACUGUUGGUAGUGGUGCUUUAGUAAUCUCGCAGAUUUCGAAUAUGCGAAUUUAUAACUGAGAAUGGACAUUAAGCGUUGUCUUUUUGAUAAUGAGGUUAAAUGUGAUAUAAGAAAUCAUAUUAUAACAACUGGCUCAAGGUCUCCGAAUAACGAAUUGAUAAUUAGUAAUCAAAGGCAACCUAAGCUCAUUUUGUGACAGUCCAUAUAUGACUCUGAAAUUUCAAAGUUUUGGUGAAAGUCACUUUUCUUCUAAAUGAGCGCAAAUAUUCUGUGCUUGAAAUUAUGAAAAUUGAACAAACGUUUCAGUUUUUACAGUUCGGACUUUUUCUGAACUUUUGUACAUAAAAUCGCUACAGUACCUACACUUCUAAUAAUAGAGUUUAUCGUAUGCGUUAAUAAAAAUAUCAUGGACAGCAA